GUCUUGACACCGCGACCCGCUAUUCCUAGAGGGCGGCCGACCUCCGGCCUCCCAGCUCCCUGCAGCGGUCGCUGCAGUGAGGUGCUCCACAGCUGAACGGGCGCCAUGGAGAAUUAUGCCAAAAGCAUCGUGCUGGGCACGGGCACCUUUGGCAAAGUGUUGAUGGCCACGCACAAGGAGACGGGCGAGGUGGUGGCGAUCAAGAAGAUCCAGGUCGGGGAGAAGGGCGAGGGAGUCAACGUGACGGCGCUGCGCGAGGUCAAGCUGCUGCGCGAGCUGCGCAGCCCUCACCUGGUGCGCCUGCUGGAGGUGCUGCCGCUCAAGCGGGGGCUGGCGCUGGUGAUGGAGUACUGCGAGUCGGACCUGGAGCACGUCAUCAAGGACCGCUCCCGCCUGCUGUCGGCGGGGGACGUCACCCCUGCCCCGCCCGCCCUGCUGCAGAUGAUUCUGCGCGGCCUGGACUUCUGCCACAGCCGCUGGGUGGUGCACCGCGACAUCAAGCCAAACAACUUCCUCGUCACGGCCAGCGGGGAGCUGAAACUGGCCGAUUUCGGCCUGGCCCGCAUCUACGGCAGCCCCGACCGCAGGUACACAAACCAGGUGUUUGCCCGCUGGUACCGCCCCCCCGAGCUGCUGUACGGCUCCACCUGCUACGGCCCCUCGGUCGACAUCUGGGCCGCAGGCUGCAUCUUUGCGGAGCUGCUGCUGCGCCGCCCCUGGUUUGUGGGCGAGUCGGACGUGGAGGUGCUGACCAAGGUGUUCAUGGCGCUGGGCACGCCCACCGACGACUCCUGGGCGGGCCUGCGCCACAUGCCCGCCUUCAUGGAGUUCCAGCAGACGCCCGCCCCGCCCCUGCGCAAGAUCUUCCCGCCCAGCAUCGCCAGCGAGGACGCGCUGGACCUCCUGUCCCGCAUGGUGGCGCUGGACGCCUCCCGCCGCAUCUCCGCCGCCGACGCGCUGCAGCACCGCUACUUCCGAACCGACCCGCUGCCCUCCAGCCUGGACCAGCUGCCCAAGCCGCGGCAGCGCGGCGCGGAGCCGGCGGCAGCGGCGGCAGCAGGUGCGCAGCCAGAUGUGCAGCAGCAAGAGCAAGCGGGGCAGCAGCAGAAUGGGGAUGACUCGGGGGCCGGCGGCGCAGCCGAGGCGUCCAGCGCCGGGCAGCAGCAGCAGCAGCAGCAGCAGCAGCAGGGGGGGCCGCCGCUGAGCGCCACGCCGCUGUUUGGCGGGCGAUCGCUGGACAGAGUGCCGGAGAGCCUGCUGGGGCGGAUAGAGCGGCCGAAGCUGGACAGCGCCGACCUCACUUUCUUCAAGAAGCGCAAGUUCAACCUAGACGAUGCGUUGGAGGAGGGUGAAGGAGGAGGAGGGGGGGAGUAGCGGUCGCGCUUGUGGCCGCUCGUGGCACACGCUGUUCCUGCAAGGCAAAGGCAGUGCUGGGAGUCCAUGGUCGUGCGUGUGCAGCGUCAUCGCGUGCCUUUGCCAUGCCCAUGUAACUGCCAUGCCGGU